AUGACAUUCCAGGAGGUCGACACUAUCAUCGUCAUGGCGUCAACGUCUGCCACGUCUGCCGGUACGGCACUGUACUGCUCGUCACAUAUGUCAUCACGCAAGCUAGUGAGUCCUGCUGCCUAUGUCUACCGCGACAUGUCGUUGGUGAACAACACGCUGCCCUCCAUAGUCAACUGUACCAGUGACUCGGGCUUGCCACGAUACCUCGAGUACGUGCAGACAGCUAUAACGCACAUGCGCAGCGAGCCUCCCGUCACGGUUGGCACCCUGAAUCCGCGCUCCAUCAUCCAGCCGGCGCGCUACGUCACGCGGCAUAAGGCGCGACAAGUCUCUGUCAUCGGGGCUUUUACUACCGAGGUCGAUACAGGAGAUCCAGGGUCAGGUUGCGAAGACGAUGGUCAAGUUCGGUUACCUCUUCUUUGGAGUUGGUGCGGAAUUCAGGGCUUCAAUAUCCCCGGUGUGAAGGAGAAUGCGUGCUUCAUGAAGGAGUUGGAGGAUGCAGAGAAGAUGCAACGCCGUUUCUUCGCCUGUUUGGAGCCUGCCGCAUUCCCUGGUCAGACGAGUGAGGAGGCGACCCGCUUGCUGCACAUGGCACAAGCCGCGUCGCAUUAG